CGAGCAGGGUGCGCAUAGAUAAGGCCUGGGGCCACGCCCUCGGUCGCGGCACUCACUCACUCCCCCCUCUCCUUAUCCUGAGGCCACCACCGUCUUCGUGCAUAAGCACCGCAAGCCGCUGCACCACCGUAACCCCGUGCUCCGUCAGGCGCGGCCCAGCCAGCAUGGUUAGCGAGCAAGUUCCGGCGGCGGAGGUGGAGAACAGCGAGGCGGCGGCUCCCGUGGAGAGCGAGGAGGCCACGCCCAAGGCGGAGGACGAGGCGCCGGUCGUCGAGGACAUCAGGGAGGACGAAGAUGAUGGCGAUGAGGAUGAGGAUGAGGAUGAGGACGACGCUGAUGACGGUGAACUAGGUGCAGGGGCAACCGAGGGCUCCAAGCAGAGCCGGAGCGAGAAGAAGAGCCGCAAGGCCAUGAUGAAGCUCGGAAUGAAACCCGUCACCGGCGUCAGCAGGAUAACCAUCAAAAGAGCCAAGAAUAUAUUGUUCGUGGUGUCAAAGCCUGACGUCUUCAAGAGCCCGACGUCGGAGACGUACGUGAUAUUCGGCGAGGCCAAGAUCGAGGACCUGAGCUCCCAGCUGCAGGCCCAGGCCGCGCAGCAGUUUAGGAUGCAAGACCUCAGCAAGGUGAUGGCCAAGCAGGACGCGGCCGCAGCCGCGCCGGCCGACGAGGAGGAGGAGGUCGACGAGGCCGGGAUAGAGCCCCGCGACAUCGACCUCGUCAUGACGCAGGCCAGCGUGUCGCGGGCCAAGGCCGUCAAGGCUCUCAAGGCGCACGACGGCGACAUCGUCAGCGCCAUCAUGGAGCUCACGGCCUGAUAACAAUACGCACUUCGUCGCUGGUUGCUUCAUCUUCAGAAAACACCCGGUGGAAUCAUGCCAAGUGUGUCGUUGUUCAUUUUUGUGGAUUCGCAUAAGAUGUUCUGUUUGUUCACCUCAUGGACGUUGCAUCAUGUCAGCUUCCAGAUUAGUGUCAUCUUCAAGUUGUUUAUCGAAUUCUCAUUUCAGUAUGUUCA